GGGACAAACAUUGUGACGUAGAAUGUCAGUGUAUUUCAUAAACUCAUUGAUCGAGAAAGCACCUCACUUCAGUAAAAAUAGGGAGAUUUAAAUAGAUUUCUGCAGAGGUGACUUACGAUGUCUGGAUAUCCAAAGUCUGAGAUGGCAGGGGGACAGCCGAUGGCACAGCCCGGAGGACCAGUAGUGGCUCAGCCUGGGGCAGGAGCUGUCCCAAGUGCCCCUGGUGGCUGGAUGCAGGCCCCCACCAAUGUCCCCGCUAACUGUCCUAAAGGACUGGAAUACCUGGCUCAGGUGGACCAGCUACUGAUCAAACAGAAAGUAGAGGCCCUAGAGGCUUUUACUGGCUUUGAGACAAACAACAAGUAUGAGAUUCUGAAUUCUCUUGGACAGAGAGUGUACCAUGCUGUAGAGGACACCUGUUGCUGUACCCGUAACUGCUGUGGGAGUUCCCGACCAUUUGAUAUGAAGAUUCUGAACAAUCAGAACCAGGAAGUCAUCCAUCUGUCCCGACCGCUCAGGUGUAGCUCAUGUUGGUUUCCCUGUUGUUUACAGAAAGUAACAGUAGAGGCCCCUCCAGGAAAGGUGGCGGGAUACGUAUCUCAGGCCUGGAGUUUGUGUAAACCUCGUAUGAGGAUUGAGAACGCUGAAGGUGAGACCAUGCUGAGGAUCAAAGGACCAUGUUGUCAGCUCAACAUCUGUGGAGACAUCGAGUUUGAUGUUUAUGCCCCGGAUGAGGAGACCUAUGUAGGUCGGGUCACUAAGCAGUGGUCUGGACUGGGUAAGGAGCUGUUCACUGAUGCUGAUAACUUUGGAAUCUCCUUCCCUCUGGAUCUGGAUGUUAAUGUCAAGGCCACCCUCCUUGGGGCCGUCUUCCUUUUGGAUUUCAUGUUCUUUGAAAACAACACAAAGAAAGAUGACAAAAUGUCAAAAUCUGGAUAUAGAUGAGUAAGCAUCAUGACCACCACUAAAUAGAUGGGAGGCAUUCAACUUACACCGCAGGGUAUAAAGCAGUCAUACAACCCCCAUCACUGCUGAUCAAGGAUUUAAUUGUAGUGGAACAAAAUCUUAACAAACACUUUAUACUUUUUAUCCAUUGAUAGUCCAUAUCCAUUGUUUAUAUAUUGUUGUUAUAAGGUAGCUUUGUUGGGUUUUCAAUUGUUAAGAAUCAUUUUAAUAUGUAAUCCACAGUAUUAUGAUUUGAAUAUUUUAAAGAUAUUCAAAGAUUUUCCCUGUGUUGACUUCUUAGUAUUGGAGUGAUAAGAAACUUUUCUUUAUGUCGUAAAAAAUUGAAAGCAAUAUAAUCUGAUAUUCUUUUACUUAAUGUAUAGUUUACAAACAGGAUACUGAUCCUUUUUUUUGUAAUUCCAAGUCAUGCAAUUUAGAUACAUGUAACAAAAUUAUCAAGAAAAUGUAGAGGCACUGCAUUAAUUAGCUUUUUUUUUUAUUUUUUCUUUACAUGAUGACACUCUGCCAUUCAGCCAAUGGAAUGCUCACUGAAAGGUCUGGAAUAAUGAGUGAUUACAGCUAGAGCUCUGCCUUUCAGUCAGCCUUCAGUAAACAUUCAGUCAUCUUUCAGUUUUACUGAAUGGCAGAUAUUUAUCCUGUGCUUUUUAAGAAACAACAUAUCUUUAGCAUUUUAAAAAUAUUUUUUAAUUUACUUUCAAAUUUAUUAAUAUUUAUGGGGAGAAUACUAAUCUUGGUGGGGAUUUUUAUAAACGUUUUUUAGAAUUAUAUAUCUGCUUUCUGAAUGUACAGUUUCUUGAUAUGUGUAUAUAGAUUUUAAUAGGCACUGCAGCAUUAUUCUUGUACAAAGACCAAAGCUUACUGUACAGUUUACUCAUAUCAUUUCUUAUUGUUGUUCCAUAUUUGUAUUUCUUUUCAUUUAUUUAUUUACACAACUUUAUUUUAUCAUAUUUUAAACAGUUCUUCUAUUUCACAAAUCCUUAUUUUUAUAGAUAAUUUAAUAUUGUAUGUGCUCGGAUAUUAACUUACAAAUUUUAUUCAUUUUUCAAGACUUUUAUAACCUAUUGUUUUUUUUUUUUUUACAACUUUUACCCCAGAAAUCAAAUUUUAAAACUGUUUUAUGUGUAAUAGCAUUUUACAGUGUAAACAAACAUUCUUAUAAAUAGGUCCUAACACAGGGCCCUACUUCUAUAGUUUUCUAUAGUUAGUUUCUCCUGCAUUCUCCUGCUUUAAUUAGCUCCGCAUGCAUACAUGAAUAUACCAGUAUGUAGCUCAUAUUGCUAUAGAUCUGCCUAUAAAUGUGUUGUGACUUAUUCCGGCAUGUAGAAGUUUUAUAAAGAUAUUAAAUAUUUAUUUCUUCCUCACUAUUUCUCUUGUUUUAAGCAAUGAAUUUAUUUUUCAGCGACAACAAAAUGGAUAAUAAAUUGAAUAAACAAUGCACCAUAUUGA